AUGUCUGAAGAAAUAAAACAUAAUAGUGCAAACAAAAAAGGUAAAAGAGGUGGUACAAAACGGAAUUUUGGAAUGAUCUGUUUCGCUUACAUCUGUGCAUUUACCUCACUCCAAGCUGUCACUAGUCUUCAGUCAAGCAUCAAUACAGAUAAAGAUGUUGGUCUCAAUUCAAUAGCAAUUGCAUAUGGUGCUUCUUUAGUUACUUGUCUUCUAUUUACAACUUCGCUUGGAUAUAUUUUUGGUUACAAAUGGGCGAUUGUUGGUGGACAAUUUGGUAUAAUGGUAUAUGUUGCAUCUAAUAUGUAUCCUAAACAAUGGCUAAUGUACUCCACUGCAGUCAUAUGUGGAAGUCUUCGAGCUUGUAUGUCCAUGGCUCAAAAUUCUUAUGUGGCUGUACUUGCAAAUGAUGAAAGUGAAAAUGAUGAUCCUGAGAUAAAAACUAGAAAAUAUUUUGGUAUCUUUCUUGCUGCAUAUCAAUCAGCUCAAAUAUGGGGUAAUCUCAUAUCAUAUGUAGUCUUACGAAGUACUCCAAAAAAUACAAAUACUAAUUUUACACAAUGUGGAGCUAAUUACUUAACAAGUGAACAUCAAAUGCAAGAUGGCAAAGAGGAUGAUUCUCAAGGAUUAUUACGAAAAUCACUUAAUCAUACAUUGUCAACACUAAAAACUGCUAUAAAUCCAAAUCAUCUUCUACUUAUACCACUUGGAUUUUGGUCAAUUUCUGCACAAACAUUCUUUAUGGGAGCUUUCUCAAGUAGCUUUAUUACAUGUACAAUUGGUGUUCAAUAUGUUGGUCUAAUUAUGACAAUAUAUGGCAUUACAGCCACUAUGUCUGCGAUCAUUGUUGCUUAUACAGUCAAAUUCAAAUAUAGUCGACUAAUAUGCUUUCUAAUCUCAGCCUUAUUAAGCUACACAAUAUUCAUUGUUAUGCUUGUAUGGAAGCCAACAGUCUCACAAACAUAUGUGUUAUUUAUCCUUCCAUUUUUAUCAAGUAUUUCAGAUGGAAUUACAGAACCAUUUAUAACAGGUCUGAUAUAA